AUGGCCGCGGGGAUUUCCCCAAGCGCAGAAGGCGAGGGUAAGUGGAGGAGGGUGUGUUUUUUUUACGUGUUUGAAACGCGGCCCUGGUGUAGCCUACACACUUCAUGUUGUACACAAAGGACAUGGUCAAAGUACUCAGUAGACCAUUAACCAUAUGCAACCAUGCAUAUAAACCAAAAAACUACUUGAUAUUUAGAUUUUCACAAGUGGGUGGGGUUAAAUGUGGAAUGCUUGUCAUUGACCAAAUGCACAACCAACACUUCCUGUCCCUUUAAAAUAGGAGUUCAACCUUAACUACAUUCUAUUAAGUAAUCUAUUAAUUCAUCUAAGAAAUUGAGAAAUAUCACUUCCUAUUUUAGAUUUAAAGAGGCAAUCUGCAGUUAAAGCACCCCACCCCGCAACAAAGCGCCCACCUGCCACUGUUUUGGUAAACAGCUGAGGGAUGGGACUGGAGAAAUGUACCCACUCAAAUUCAUAGACAAAGCUAUAGAUGCAAUGACUCUCACCAAAAUUAUAGUUUUCACCAUGUUUUGAGGCUAUACAUUGUUUACAAACCAAGGAGUAAAACAAGCUUAUAUUUUGGGCUGUGAUUGGAUGAGACGGUUCAACUAAGCUCAUGAGGCAUUUAUAAGUUAUGGGGACCAUGAGUGUGAACAUAAGCAACCAUUUAGGUAAAUGGGUUCCCCAGCUCAAAAUGCAUAUCAGACAAUUAAAAUCUUCGAUUUACUUGCAUGUGACGGAACGCUAAAUUGUAACUUGUCCGAUCAGAUAAAAUGGUACACUUUAGCCCUACGCUAACUUCAACAGGUGGCACUGAUUUAUAUCCUGUCACAAGUGCAUCAGCCAAUUAAAAUCGUUGACGUAGUUGGAUGUGUUCCAACACUUGUUCAUGGAUGGACCUCAGUCCAACAGCACGUUCUGAUCAUCAAAGCAACUAUCACGUGUAUUUGACUGACUGGUCAAAUUGCUCUCUGUGUAAAGUGCUUAGUCCAUGUAAUUGUAUCCGGUUGUGCAAGGGUUCGAAUCUCAUGUGCGCCCCCUUUGAAAUGUUGAUUUACAUGUAUUUUGUUAGUGUGCAGUGCUUGACUUGAAUAAUAAUGGCCAGAAGAAGUAAUCAACAUUUUAAAAUUAAUAGAUUUGGUAGAUAGUUAUUAUUCAUUAUUUUGACCUCCCCACAUUAUAAUUGGAAGAGAAAGUGUAAACUCUUAACAGCCUAUAAGCUAGAAAGGUAACUCCAAACACAUUUUCGCUAAGCAUAGCUGUUUAGCUGGUUGAACUAAUGUACGGUUAGCAAAAAUGUACGUCCAAGUCAAGAAAGCUUACCAGCAGCACUUGCCGCACUGCGGACUGGUAGCCUAUUUGCGGGUGCUUUUUCAAAGUGUAAUUUGGUCAAUAUUAGGAGUUGAGAAAUAAAGUUGACAUAAUUAGAAGGAAGCAAGGAUUUGACAGCUAGUGGGUGGGCAAAAUGCAAUAUAACAAAGAAAGUCUAGUGAUACAAAAGUAUAAACACAACAUGUAAAGUGUUGGUGGUUUCAUGAGCUGAAAUAAAAGAUCCCAGAAAUGUUCCAGACACACGAAAAACACAAAUUUGUUUACAUCCCUGUUAGUGAGCAUUUCUCCUUUGCCAAGAUAAUCCAUCCACCUGACAGGUGUGGCAUAUCAAGAAGCUGAUUAAACAGCAUAGCUUAGUGGUUAAGAGCGUUGUGCCAGUAAGCGAAAGGUUGUUGGUUCUAAUCCCCGAGCCGACUAGGUGAAGAAUCUGUCGAUGUGCCCUUGAGCAAGGCACUUAACCCUAAUUGCUCCUGUAAGUCGCUCUGGAUAAGAGCGUCUGCUAAAUGACUGUAAAUUAUCAUUACACAAGUGCACCUUGUGCUGGGGACAAUAAUAGGCCACUCUAAAAUGUGCAAUUUUGUCACAGGGGUCUCAAGAUUUGAGGGAGCGUGCAAUUGGCAUGCUGACUGCAGGAAUAUCCAUCAGAGCUGUUGCCAGAUAAUUUAAUGUUCAUUUCUCUACCAUAAGCCGCCUCCAAUGUAGUUUUAGAGAAUUUGGCCAACCGGCCCCACAACCGCAGACCACGUGUAACCACGCCAGCCCAGGACCUCCACAUCGGGCUUCUUCACCUGCGGGAUCGUCUGAGACCAGUCACCCGGACAGCUGAUGAAACUGAGGAGUAUUUCUGUCUCUAAUAAAGCCCUUUUGUGGGAAAAAACUCAUUCUGAUUGGGUGGUCCUGGCUCCCAAGUGGGUGGGCCUAUGCCCUCUCUGGCCCAUUUAUGGCUGCGUCCCUGCCCAGUCAUGUGAAGGGGCUAAUGAAUUUAUUUAAAUUGACUGAAAUUGUUGCUUGUUGUUUUGAUAUUUUUGUUCAGUAUAUUAAAUGUGCCUUUUCCUAUAAUGAUAAUGUCGUAUAUGAUGAAUGGUGGCCAUUAUCGCUGUCAACAAAGAGUUCGCCAUACUGCAUCGUGUUAGAGGCUUUUAUUAAAAUCACGAAUCUACAGCAUAGAUACAGACUCGCGAUGUCCGGAGAACGACUCCCCAGAUUGAUAUGGUCGUUCUGCCGUCUAAUCGUUUACCCCCUAUUUAUAAACAAUGCAAAGGGAGGGGCUACUCCCUUCUUCUGGCCAAUCACCAGUCUCCCCUCGGGCGUCACCCUCCAAGCGGCACAUUUCAAAUAACAUCAUAAACCAUCCCCCCUUUGGCCUGAACAACCAACAUUCCAUUUCGUCAUGAAAAACAUUUAACAAAGGCAUAAUCUUCAGAUACGAUAUUCCCCCCUUUCGAGACGAAAUAAACGUCUCGAAAACAAACAGAAUAAGAUUAUGACUAUUAACCAUUUAUCUCAUUGAAUAUUCUUAACCUUAAACCCAAAAACAUUCUCCUCUAGAGUGUAAAUACCUUUCUAUGAAAUACCUGUUUAUGAAGUGUGAAUACAUUACUAUGACCCAUGAAGAAAUCUCUAUGGAGUGUAAAUACAUUACUAUGACAUAUGAACAACUGUUUAUGAAGUAUGAACACAUUACUAUGAAUUAUGAAUAAAUCUCUAUGGAGUGUGAGAGCGAAAAACUGUCCAGCAGCCAUCCAUCCAUAUCAAUCAAGACAGUAAAAUUAUCUCACGGUCCCUCUGCCCCAGGCAACCACCGUCGGUACUCCAGAUAACCUCAUAACUCAUGUAAAUGCAUUUGAAACUAUGAUGCCAUUAAAUACACAUGUAAACAAAAUCCUAUCCAUAAAUAUCCAUUGUACGGCUGGUCCACCCAUCGAAUCGUACAAUGAAUCUCUCCCUUCCUAGACCUUCUGUCCCUAACCCCAUCGAAAUAAACAAAAGCAUCUAAGAUCCUCAUCUGCAUUCAAUAACAUCAAACAUCAUUCUACUAAAAUCAAUACCUAAGAAUAUGACACAAUUAUGUAUUACACAUGUCUAUAUUUCAUUGCAGACACUGGAAUGUAGUCCACUACACUUCCUCUCCCUGUAGUGUCCUCUUCCAAUGGACUUGUUGAUGAUGGAAUCAGCCACACCCUCCUUGUUUCAUCUCCUCCAGUCAUAUUGUCCCUUCAUAUUGUCUUUGUUUGAGUAUUCCAAUCUCCACAUGUUCUCCCACAUGCUUCUGGAAUGACAAGAAAAUAACCGACCAAACAGUAUCCUUUGCAAAACAACCACUUUCAAAUUAAACCUCCAUUUCACCUAAGAAUUUAAAAAAUGAUACAUAAAUGAUGCAUAAAUGAUGUAUGAAUCACAUAAACCUAUCCCCCCCUUGAUUCAUAAAUCAUACUAAAAUCAUACUAAAAAAAAUGUUUUCCUUGAAACAAUAAAAAUAAAAUGAUCAAAUAAUCAAAAAGGAUAUUUAUCCAUUCAGUAGUCCAUCUAGACCCCCUCGUCCGUCUUCGUUCAGAUCCGGAACAGUCAACACCGGCAUCUGAGUGUUGUCUCCAGGCACCACUUCUCCAACCUAUCUCAAUCUCAUAACUUUCUCAAAAGUCAGUACAAACAUCACAGUGUUAUCAAAGCUUAAACUAGAAUCUGACCCAUCACUGCCCCUACUGGCCUAAUUGAUCUUGCAACCAAAUCCUUUCAAAUGCAUCCCUUAUAAUGCAUCUAUAACCCCAAUGAUAUUAUCUGAACCUAUCUGGACUCAAAGUAUAACUAAUAUUUAUCCAUAUGAUCUUCCCAAAUGUUACACCAUACCAUGAAUGAAGUCCCUCCUUCUCCCUUAAACUUAUUCUCCAAUGGUAGGCUUGAAGACUAUGACAUGUCGCCAUGUGUCUGCUAAAUGACUAAAAUGUAAAUGUAAUGUCCCCCUUUUAACCCUAGAUUUAGCUGUGUCCAAUGCUAUCCCUCUUAUAAUGGUAAAACCUCAUAUGGAAGCUUAAACGUUGACCUGUAACAACAUCCUAUCCCCCAUAGGGUAAGAAUAUACUCUAUCAUAAUUUCCCCUUAUCCUCUAAAAUUCACAUAGUCACAUUGUCAGUCAAAAGCUAAUCUUUUAACCAUCAAAGUCCUGCUCUUCUUACUACCUGAUAUAUAAAAAGUAACCUAUUAUUUGUCAUUACUACCCUUAAGGUCAUGCUUAUCCAAAUUUAUCACACUGAUCUUCCCAUAAACAUACCCCUUACCUCAUAUGUUUUAUUAGAGCAAAAACAACUUUUAUCCCUCAAUAUUUCACCUGAAUACUUCAGAGUUUGCAAUUACCUGAUUUUACUUUCCCUCUAACCAAUGCUCAUAGGGUAAUCCCUUCACCCAAGAACACUUAAACCCUACUGUUUUGACAACAACAUUAUUUUAUCCGUCAAUGACUGUUGCCAAUUCCACAGUCAUGACAAAGCUCAAGACUGAUCCACACCUGACAGAGGCUGCGCAACCGUCUAACAGGUCCGGGAUGGAAUUCUCAACAGACAUGGACCCUCAAGAUUCCUCACUGACCUUACAGAAUGAGUUAAUCUAUCUCUAAUUUUCACAACAGAGGAACGAGCAGCACUGAUCAGAUGCCCCCCCCCCUCCGUCAUCAAAAUCAAAAGACCUCAUCCUGCAGCUUCCAUGAUGAAUCUCUCUUCUCCAUUUCAGAUUAAUCUAUAUUGUUUCUAUUAAUAUCGGCUCUCCUUUUUUAACCCUAUUCGUAAUAACUUAAACCCCUGAGUCUCUCUUGCUGCCUCCUUUAAUUUCAGAAAAGUUGUUGUCAUCCUUCCUACAUUUGCUAUUACCAUCGUAUCAUUAAUCCCUUCCAAAGUUACCAUUAACGUUGUUGAUUUAGUUGAUGAAUUAAAACCCUUAAUUCCCUCUAGUGGGAAACUACCAACAUCCUAUUCGAUUAUUCCCUGUUGGAGUGACUACUGUAAUAAACUUAUCCUUAACUCCCUCUGUGACUGUGGAAAGUUUUACAGACUUCAAAUCUUCCGUUAUAAGCAUCACCUUACAAAUUACAUAGCCCUUUAACCAAUAAUUCUUAACCAGAACAACUUCUAAUGCUUGCACUAGAUAAGUACACAUAUAUUCUCCCUGACCUUUCUCUGUAACAUUACGCAACAUCAGUGAACAGUCACUCCUAACCCUCUUCUAAACUAUACCUCCUUUUACUCCUGGUCCUGAUAACAAUACUUAUUCUCCAUAAUUAUCUCUCCACAUGAGAGAAACAUCCCCAUCCUAAACCCUAAUAAGUGUUUUCCCCCUAAAAUUGGUGCUGUAUUGGUUCCCUUAUAAUCAAAUGCAAUAUAUUUAUGCCUUUAAUACCUAUCAAUGUUGAAAGAGUUAAAUUGCUUCUCCCUGUUGUUCUAAUAGACUGAAGUGUUAAUGUCCUUAUUUACUCCUAGUUUUCCCCCAAGACUUUGAACUCCUUCCUUGUACUUCCAUCCAUCCCCACUAGUGUCACUUUUUCCCCCUUUCAGUUCUACCUCUAAACUUUAAACCUCCUGAUUAUAACAAAAUACACCUAUAAUGACCUUGAUCUCCCUACUGGACAGUGUCAUUCAUUACUGUUCUCUCUCUGUCUUACUACUAACUUUGAAACUUAGCUUACUGUCUCAGAGUUCUUUCAACCUAUCCUACCCCUAACUUAUUUUAAUCUAAUCUUUUCUCUCAUAACAUUUAAAACCUUUUCCCCUGACUUAUUGACAAAAUCUCUUACCACCAAAUUUUAGAAUAUGUGAUUGGGAAAGUUCCCCACCUGCUUCUGACUCAUUACACACAGACUUGGCAAAACCGACUAAACACCUUUUAGCCUAACCUCAAAUCUCUUAGUGUAAGAAUGUAACCCAAAAUAACAGUCACCCCUAUUAAGUUUUUUCCCAGACAGAUUGUCUAACAGGCAAUGUAAUACAUUAUCAUCCUUCCUAUGAUAUUUAUCUUUUAAGCAAAUGAUUCCCCAAAAACCCUACUUUUUAAAAUAUGCUACCAGACAGUCAGUCGUCUAGUGUACAUCUUUAUUGUACGCUUCAAUUCUCUUCCCAACACUACAAUAACAGUAUCUUCUAAUAUUAGUACUUUAAGAGUAAGUACUACCUCAAAUCCCUAUCCUAAUUAGUUAUCAAUUAAUGAGAUGUUUAACCUCUUUAGGCUGAACACAGAUAAGUUUUCCCCUAUUCACUAUCACUUCUAAUUGUUGGUUGUUUCAACUGUUCGCUAUUUUCUCUUCUUCUCUAAUCAAGGCUCUCAGCAAUGCACCCCUUCCGGAUAUUCUCGGCACUCUAGAAUAUUUAGUGUUCACCUGAAGCACCGGUGAUCUUCACUUGCUCGUUGAUCUUCCUCUGUUUCUUCUUCUCCAAUUCUGUGUCUGUCCAGAAACUGACAGUCGAUAUGGAACAUCUGGUCCCCCCUUGGUUGGUACAAUUGCCUUUGAUAUUGUUCAGUUAAAGCUGUAACAGUGAUUGUUGAUUUGAUUCACUCUGAUUCUUCAUAACCAACACUUAUUUUCUUCUUCUCCACCACCAGUUAUAAGUUGUAUUUGAUAGAGUUUUCUUCGUCCUGUUCCUUCUCGUCGUUGACAUAUCAGUAUUCUUCAAACGGUUAUCUUCUAAGUUCUGUUCUUGAAAUAUCAUCUUCUUACCAGUGGCCUUUCCUUUAGCCUCACUGUAUUAUUCUUUUCCUUCAAUUCUUGAGGUCUUCAUCCAGUCGUGUUACUUCUUCCAUUUCUCCAUUUCUUCUUUCCUCUCUUGUACCUUCAACUUUCAUCAGAGAUCAAAUCUCUAGUCUCCAUGUCUUCUUUCCUCUCUUGCCACUUCCUUCUGAUCACAGAGUCACUUCCUUCUGAUCACAGAGUCACCUCCACCCAUGACCUCUCAUCAUCAUCAUCCUCUUCUCCUUAAGUUCCCAGACAUCUCGGUUUUCUUCCGUCUUCUGGAUUCAUCUUCAUCGUUGUUUCUGCUCGUAUUCGUCUUCAUCUCUGAUGCCAUAAUCACCCUGCUGGAUGAUGUCUUUCUGCUGAAUCCGUAUGUGAGAAAGGUGUACUAACUUCUGCCAUUAGUCUCUCCUAACACUACUCUAACCCUACUUUGAUUAACAAAUGACUAUUAUAAUCAAUUUUCCCCUAUAUCAAGCCCUUUAUAUUCCUUUAUUGUGAACUAUCUUAUUCUAGACUGUAUAAGUUAUAUAUACUUCCCCCCUGUAAUUCUUAAUAUAACCCUAACAACUCCAAAUAAAUCCUGAAUAAUUAAACCCAAUUUUUAUUCCUAUAUCCUAUGUCACCAACUUAUCCAUUAGUGUUGAGUAUAUCUUACCACAACUCAUCAACUGCCAGUAAAUGCAAGUUAGUCAUCUUCAGACUAAAAUACCCAUAAACAAAGCCUUUAACCCCUUGCUCUAUAACCCCUAAUUAUCAUAAAUUUACAGAAGAAUCCUCAAUCCAUCCUGGAUUCCCAACACAUCUGUAAUCAAACCCCAGUGAUACACAGAGCCACCAAAAUACAACUUUUAAUGAAAUAGUAUUUGCCAAGCCGAUGCAAAAUUGUCAUAACAUCACAUAUCUUGUUAGGAUGAUUUUGUGCACUAGCCUGAUCUGAUCAUCUCGUCUGACUCUGCCUCGUCACACCUUGUCACGUGACGCACGUCAGUCACACGUUAACCCCUCCUCUCUCCUGUCGUAUCGUAUCGCUCCACUCAUAUGACAGGAAAAACAGAGACACAGAAUCACAUUUUAGUAGUUAAUGCCAUCACUGAGUAUUUCCAACCAUUCAAUAUUCAUUCGUUCUACAUUAUUCACUCUAAGACUAAACUCAGAACUAAAUCGCUCCAAAACAUUUCAUUUAAUUUUAAUCGUCUUUUACUUUAAUUAAUUAUACUCCGUCAACAUAUAUUUGAUUUAUAACUUUACCACAUCUCGCCAAAUAGUUUCCCGUUCGAACAACAGCCGUUUAACACCUAAGAGAUUUUUUCCCAAAAUCUCUCUUAUUCUGUGACUAUUAUCCCUUGCCGCGUCACAUGGGACCUAGGACUCUUACCCAUAAUGCCGUGCUUUGUAGGCUUAGCACAUAACCACAUGUUGUAGUUUUUAGCCCCGUAAAAUCACGCAUGCGCAAAUAUCAUUUUAACCUCAUACUUCAGCAUCCCCUCAUGGUGCCGUAAAACAAAACGUUCCCUAAUCUCAUGCCAUAAACUCCCCUUUCUGUAGUGUAGUGUCACAAAAUUAAACGCAUGCGCACAACCAUUCAAAAACCCCUUUUCACCGUGGAAGAAAGAUUCUCUCUUCUCUCUCCCCAAACAGAAAGAAUAACAGCCAGCUGUAACUUCCCAUUUCCCCUUAUAGUCAAACAACAUUUAACAGCGCUCACAAAACAUACAACCUGACUUACAAACACAUAAACAAGUUUAAGAGACUUUCACCCGUCGCAACGGAAUCUCUAAGGAUACGUUAGCAUGUAGCACACAACACAAUUAGCCUGUAGCAUUAGCCUUUAGCUUAGCCUAAGGUACACCGUGGCACAAAACACAAUUAGCCGUUAGCCUUAAGCAUUAACAUCAGCCUUUAGCCACGAUGUACCACGUGGCCUGAAACACACUCCCAUUUAGCCUUGUAGCAUUAGCCUCUAGCUAACUACAGCCUACAACAUGUAACAAACCCUGCACUGCCCUAUCAAUUUUAACAUAUUUAUCCUACCGUUUUUGCUACCGGGACUAAUGACCAUUACACCGAGAAAUCAGACCCAAUCAAACGCCCCGUCGGACGAGAGUCAAAUCAUAAUUACAAUCAGAUAAACCCCAUGAAUCCGAGCUCUCUUUAAGAAAAGAAACCCACCGUCCACCCAUUCUAUCGUGUAAACGGAUUUGUCGGCCCGACAUCUAAAAUGGCCCCCCCUGGAGGUCUUAAGUGGUACAGUGCCCUAAAGAAUGCGCAUAUCUGCCUUAAUCGUCACUUCAAUACUUAAAUCCUACCGUUUCAUGCUCUAAAAACUCCCAAUUAUCUGCCGUUUCCCCUGGGAUAAAUUUUAGCCGACUCUAGUUGACCAGCAACAACGCCACCGAGGCCGGGUGAUAAUGGAACAUCCCCUCAAUGUACACAAGUCAUAUCCAAUCUAACAAACUCCGAAGCGGUAAGAACACUCACCCUUUUUUCCCUCAGAGAGAGUUAGGCCGGCGGUUGACUGAAACAAGGAGGAGACGCAAACCCAGGCCCCACGUUGGGCGCCAUUAUGUCGUAUAUGAUGAAUGGUGGCCAUUAUCGCUGUCAACAAAGAGUUCGCCAUACUGCAUCGUGUUAGAGGCUUUUAUUAAAAUCACGAAUCUACAGCAUAGAUACAGACUCGCGAUGUCCGGAGAACGACUCCCCAGAUUGAUAUGGUCGUUCUGCCGUCUAAUCGUUUACCCCCUAUUUAUAAACAAUGCAAAGGGAGGGGCUACUCCCUUCUUCUGGCCAAUCACCAGUCUCCCCUCGGGCGUCACCCUCCAAGCGGCACAUUUCAAAUAACAUCAUAAACCAUCCCCCCUUUGGCCUGAACCACCAACAUUCCAUUUCGUCAUGAAAAACAUUUAACAAAGGCAUAAUCUUCAGAUACGAUAAUAACUCAAUCAGGGGGCCUCUCCUCACUACUGAACAGUGCUGAAUCUGCUAAUUACAUGGACAAGGGGGACUUGAUCAGUGAUAUUAUAUCAGCAAGGUUACCCUGAGACACUGUGAAUACAGGCCUAGAUCUUACCAACAUUUUUGGUGAGUCAGUACAUGGCAGGCAGGGGAAGAGGGCGGGGAGAGAAGUGUACUGUAGGUGUGUGUGUGUGUGUGGUGUCCUGGCCAAUCAUUUGUGGCUUGUCUCUGUAGCCUCGGGCCUUCGGCUCUUGAUCUGAAUCUCUCACCCUGCUCUCUACCUCUGUUGAAUGUUGUUCUCUGACCCCUCCACUCUCCUCCUUUCUUGAGCUCAUGCCCUCGAUGAGCAGAAUGGCACAGAGCUAAAGCACCCCUCAUUAUAAAGUCUACCAUGCACAGAUUACCAAUGGUUAACUAAGGCGCUAGGAUAUCAGUUAACUAAACAUUUACAGUAACAGUAGUUAAUUAAUAGGUCAAUAAACUAUUUUCUUUGUGACUAUCUUAUGUUAAUUCUAAAAUAGAAAUGGAGAAAUAUCGCUAUCUUGGCAUUAAUAGAUUAUUUAAUAGAUAGAUGACUUAAUAGAUAGAAGAUGAAGGGACAGGAAGUGUUGGCUGUUCAUUUGGCCAAUGACAGGCAUUCCACAUUUAGCCCCACCCUAAAUAUCAAGUAGUUUUUUGGUUUAUAUGCAAAAACAGAAAAAGUAUUAUAUUGGAGGAAAAAAAAAACUGCCGAUUUUUCUGUUUUAACCUAUUGACCAAAAAGUACACAGACCUGUCGGUCCUAUCACAUUGUGCACUGUAGGUUUGCAUGCUACUGUAGCCUACUUGAAAUAGCAGGAUUAUGCAUGUUUUCACAUUUUUCUCAAUGAAUAGCCUCAAUGGGAGUUUCCAGUUCAUGCCUAACUUAAUUGUUUCACUUCUUUUUUAUGUUAGUUUACAAUUUCAACUGCCGUCAGUUUUUAAAAUCUAAAGAACAUGGUAUUUGUUAUUUUAUUAGGAUCCCCAUUAGCUGUUGCGAAAGCAGCAGCUACUCUUCCCGGGGUCCACACAAAACAUGAAACAUGACAUAAUACAGAACAUUAAUAGACAAGAACAGCUCAAGGACAGAACUACAUAAAAAAAAACAUUAAAGGCACACGUAGCCUACAUAUUAAUACAUACAGCGCCUUCGGAAAGUAUUAAGACCCCUUGACUUUUUCCACAUUUUGUUAUGUUACAGCCUUAUUCUAAAAUGUAUUAAAUUAAAACAUUUCCUCAGCAAUCUACACACAAUACCCCAUAAUGACAAAGCAAAACAGGUUUUUAGAAACUUUUGCAAAUGUAUACAAAAUAAAAAACAGAAAUACCUUAUUUACAUAAGUAUUCAAACCCUUUGCUAUGAGACUCGAAGUUGAGCUCAGGUGCAUCCUGUUUCCAUUGAUCAUCCUCGAGAUGUUUCUACAAUUUGAUUGGAGUACACCUGUGGGAAAUUAAAUUGAUUGGACAUGAUUUGGAAAGGCACACACCUGUUGACAGUGCAUGUCAGAGCAGAAACCAAGCCAUGAGGUGGAAGGAAUUGUCCGUAGAGCUCCGAGACAGGAUUGUGUAAAGGCACAGAUCUGGGGAAGGGUACCAAAAAAUGUCUGCAGCAUUGAAGGUCCCCAAGAACAUAGUGACCUCCAUCAUUCUUAAAUGGAAGAAGUUUGGAACCACCAAGACUCUUCAUAGAGCUGGUCGCCCGGCCAAACUGAGCAAUCGGGCGAGAAGGGCCUUGGUCAGGGAGGUGACCAAGAACCCGAUGGUCACUCUGACAGAGCUCUAGAGUUCCUCUGUGGAGAUGGGAUAACCUUCUAGAAGGACAACCAUCUCUGCAGCACUCCACCAAACAGGCCUUUAUGGUAGAGUGGCCUGAACGAAGCCACUCCUCAGUAAAAGGCACAUGACAGCCUGCUUGGAGUUUGCCAAAAGGCACCUAAAGACGCUCAGACCAUGAAAAACAAGAUUCUCUGGUCUGAUGAAACCAAGAUUGAACUCUUUGGCCUGAAUGCCAAGCGUCACGUCUGGAGGAAACCUGGCACCAUCCCUAUGGUGAAGCAUGGUAGUGACAGCAUCAUGCUAUUGGGAUGUUUUUUCGUGGCAGGGACUGGGAGACUAGUCAGGAUCGAGGCAAAGAUGAACGGAGCAAACUACAGAGAGAUCCUUGAUGAAAACCUGCUCCAGAGUGCUCAGGACCUCAGACUGGGGUGAAGGUUCACCUUCCAACAGGACAACGACCCUAAGCACACAGCCAAGACAACGCAGGAGUGGCUUCGGGACAAGUCUCUGAAUGUCCUUGAGUGGUCCAGCCAGAGCCUGGACUUGAACCCGAUCGAACAUCUCUGGAGAGACCUGAAAAUGGCUGUUCAGCAACACUCCCCAUCCAACCUGACAGAGUGUAACUGGUGUGAAAUGGCUAGCUAGUUAGCGGUGCGCGCUAGUAGCAUUUCAAUCGGUGACGUCACUCGCUCGGAGACCUUGAAGUAGAUGUUUCCCUUGCUCUGCAAAGGCCGCGGCUUUUGUGAAUCGACGGGUAACGGUGCUUCGAGGGUGACUGUUGUCGAUGUGUGCAGAGGGUCCCUGGUUCAAGCCCAGGUAGGGGCGAGGAGAGGGACGGAAGCAACACUGUUACAUUGAUGCUGUUGACCCGGGUGACUGGUUGCUGCGGAAAAGGAGGAGGUCAAAAAGGGGGGUGAGUGUAACCGGUGUGAAAUGGCUAGCUAGUUAGCGGUGCGCGCUAAUAGCAUUUCAAUCGGUGACGUCACUCGCUCUGAGACCAUGAAGUAGAUGUUUCCCUUGCUCUGCAAAGGCCGCGGCUUUUGUGAAUCGACGGGUAACGGUGCUUCGAGGGUGACUGUUGUCGAUGUGUGCAGAGGGUCUCUGGUUGAAGCCCAGGUAGGGGCGAGGAGAGGGACGGAAGCAACACUGUUACAUGCUUGAGAGGAUCUGCAGAGAGGAAUCUGAGAAACUCCCCAAAUACAGGUGUGCCAAGCUUGUAGCGUCAUACCCAAGGAAAUGUGAUGCUGUAAUCGCUGCCAAAGGUGCUUCAACAAAGUACUGAGUAAAGGGUCUGAAUACUUAUGUAAAUGUGAUAUUUCCGUUUUUUAUAUUUAAUAAAUUAUCAAAACUUUCUAAAAACCUGUUUUUGCUUUGUCAGUAUGGGGUAUUGUGUGUAGAUUGAUGAAGGGAAAAACGAUGUAAUCAUUUUUAGAAUAAGGCUGUAACGUAAUAAAAUAUGAAAAGGUCAAGGGGUGUGAAUACUUUCUGCAGGCACUGUACACACAAACGAUCUAGGUCAAAAAGGGGAGAGGCGUUGUGCUGUGAGAUGUUGCUUUAUCUGUUUUUUGAAAGGUUUGCUGUUCAUUUUAGGAAUAUGAGAUGGAACUGAGUUCCAUGCAAUAAUGGCUCUAUAUAAUACUGUACGCUUUCUUGAAUUUGUUUUGGAUUUGGGGACUGUGAAAAGACCCCUGGUGGCAUGUCUGGUGGGGUAAGUGUGUGUGUCAGAGCUGUGUGUAUCAAUUUGGGAUUUUCAACACAUUCAUGUUUCUUAUAAAAAUUAGAAGUGAUGCAGUCAGUCUCUCCUCAACUCUUAGCCCAGAGAGACUGGCAUGCAUAGUAUUUAUAUUAGCCCUCUGAUACAAUGAAGAUCAAGAUGUGCCACUCUGUUCUGAGCCAGCUGCAGCUUAACUAGGUCUUUCCUUGCAGCACUCGACCACACGACUGGACAAUAAUCAAGAUGACUAAACUAGAGCCUGUGUCAAAAAAGCAGAGCAUCUCUUUAUUACGGACAGACCUCUCCCCAUCUUUACAACCAUUGAUUCUAUAUGUUUUGACGAUGACAGUUUACAAUCUAAGAUAACACCAAGUAAUAGUCUCCUCAACUUGUUCAACAGUAUGACGACCCUCCCACUCUGUCUGCCGUAUUCUCUCUUUGCUCUUGUUUCCUUAUUAGGAUGCCGGUGGGCGGAGUUGGGAGGGUCGUCAGCUACAUGGGAAACACCUGGGCCGGGUGUGUCCCAGCAUAAAUGGACCUCUUCCACAUUCAUUGAGGAGACUCUCUCCAGGCAGAUACUUUGACUUUGGUUGUGAUAUUUUUGUGGCCUUUUUGGUUGUUUGCUUUGGCACCUUUCAACACUUUGCAUUAUUACAUUUAUGCAUGCAAACACUCACUUACACUACUGAUUACUGAUUACACACACCAUUGUUAUUUGAUUUAGUUUACUUUAGCUAAUAAAUAUAUAUUUUGGGUAUUCCUUGUCUCCACGUGUCUCCCUUUUGUUACGAACUUGAGCCGGUUCGUGACAACAGCCACGCCAUGCAUUACCAGAUUCAGUUGAGGUCUAGAACUUACGGAAUGAUUUGUACCAAAUACAACGCUCUUAGUUUUAGAGACGUUCAGGACCAGUUUAUUACUGGCCACCCAUUCCAAAACAGACUGCAACUCUUUGUUAAGGGUUUCAGUGAAUUCAUUAGCUGUGGUUGCUGAUGCAUAUAUGAUUGAAUCAUCAGCAUACAUGGACACAUGCUUUGUUUAAUGCCAGUGGCAGGUCAUUGGUAAAAAUAGAAAAGAGUAGUGGGCCUGGAGAGCUGCCUUGCGGUACACCACACUUUACAUGUUUGACAUUAGAGAAGCUUCCAUUAAAGAACACCCUCUGUUCUAUUAGAUAGAUGGCUCUGAAUCCAUAAUAUGGCAGAGGUUGAAAGGCCAUAGCACAUACGUUUUCUCAACAUGGUCAAUAAUAUCAAUAAUAUCAAAGGCUGCACUGAAAUCUAACAGUACAGCUCCCACAAUCUUCUUAUUAUCAACUUCUUUCAACCAAUCAUCAGUCAUUUGUGUCAGUGCAGUACAUGUUGAGUGCCCUUCUCUAUACAGAAAUAUAGCAUUGUAUUUGGUCAAACAUCUUUUUCCAACAGUUUGCUAAGAGCUGGCAGCAAGCUGAUAGGUCUGCUGUUAGAACCAGUAAAAUACGCUUUACCACUCUUGGGUAGCGGAAUGACUUUGGCCUCCCUCCAGGCCUGAGGACAAACACCUUCCUCUAAGCUCAGAUGAAAUAUAUGACAGAUAGGAGUGGCUAUAGAGUCAGCUACCAUCCUCAGUAGCUUUCCAUCUAAGUUGUCAAUGCCAGGAGGUUUGUCAUUAUUGAUCGAUAACUAUCAUUUUUCCACCUCUCCCACACUAACUUUACAAAAUUCAAACUUGCAAUGCUUUUCUUUUUUUUAUGCAUGAGUACGAUGGCUCACUGUUCGUUGUUGGCAUUUCCUGCUUAAGUUUGCCCACUUUGCCAAUUAAGUAAUCAUUAAAAUAAUUGCCAACAUCAAAUGGUUUUGUGAUAAAUAAGCCAUCUGAUUCAAUGAAAGAUGGAGUUGAAUUUGUCUUUCUACCCAUAAUUUCAUUUAAGUACUCCAAAGUUUUUUUUCCAUAAUUCUUUAUAUCAUUGAUUUUGGCUUCAUAAUACAGUUUCUUCUUCUUUUUGUUGAGUUUAGUCACAUAAUUUCUCAAUUUUACAGUAAGUCAGUCAGUCAGAUGUGGCAUGAGACAAUCGUUUUUUCCUCUUUAUGAUAUUCUUUAAUUGCGUGUGAAAAUGUUGGAGGUAAAAAUGAGAGACUAUGACGAGGUCAUAUCAUUCCUGUGAGAGUUCGGUCUGUUCCAAAUAACAGUAUUCGUCUUGCUGAGCGUGUGCACUAUUCCAAAUGGUUAUAUGGGAAUGUCCAUGGUCUUUCCAGAACAUAUACCAGAACACUGCUGCAAACUAUCACUCACCAACUCGAGUGAGAAUGGAGACCCGAACAUGGGGAUAUCUUUUCAGGAGGAGAGUAGACUGGUGGGUCCCGACAUGUGUUCCCGAUACAAGAAGAUCAACAACACGGCGGUGACCACACCUGAAUUUGGGAACAAGAUGGAGGGAUGUCUCGACGGAUGAGACUUCAGCACUGAGAAAUACACAUCAACUAUAGUGUUGGAGGUAAACUGUACCUUUUUUAUCCAGGCAUAGAGGUCUGGGAUCUAAAGGCACAGCUAGAGGCUUAUAGCCUCAUCCCAGGCUUAAUUGAUCCAAGUUGUCCCUUCACCACAGUGGGAGUUGGUGUAUGAUAAUGCAUGGAAGGUCCCAUUCUCCACCUUGAUUUUCUUCCUAGGAGUUCUGGUCAGAUAUUUCAUUAGUGGCCAGCUCUCUAACAGGUAAAUCCAUUCACAUUUGGAUCAGAUUAUGCCUUCCCUUAACUCCAUACCAUAAUUUAUACAGUGGGGAUAGUCUCUCUAGACAGACGGGUUGCCUACCACACUUGUAACCAAUGUUCCAUUCCAAGACUAGCAUGGGGAUGCCCAAGACUAAAACUAACAUCAACAUGCAACCAUAUGCACACAUCUACACAAAGGGAGCCUAAACCUACCCAACCAGUCUGAAUGGGAAGCAAGUCUACCAGUGAUGAUCAGCAGGCAUGCUAUGCUAUCCUGUAAGGUCUGUGAGAGGUUUCUUGCAUGCAGGAACAUUUAUCUAGGCUUUUUUAUGUAUAGGUUAACAGGAAGGAUAACCCGAUAUCAUGAUAUGCCCUGCUCAUAUCGAUAUCAAAUUAUCAAUAUUGGUGCCCACCACUAAAAGAUGGAGUAGACUCCCAAAGCCUAAACACAGAAAAGGUGUUUUGUUCAGAAAUAGUCACUAGAAUGGGAAUCCCUAUUCAAGUCGAUGAGCGUCUUCUGAUUCUAUUUCUAUGCUGUGUGUCCUGCAGGUUUGGGAGGAAGCCAGUGUUGUUCAGUACAAUGGCUGUUCAGACAAUCGUCGCACUAAUCCAAUCUACCUCAGUGAGCUGACCCACGUACUGUGUGCUCAACUGUCUGAGGGGCCCGAUAUCCAAUUGCAUUUCAUCACUAGUAUUGGGUGAGAGAGGUGUUGCAUGUGGCACAAGGCCAGGGUACUGGCAUACAGCCCAUUUACAUUCAUCAUGUUCCUGCCCAACCUCUUUGAAUGUUCCACUUAUAAACUGUAGGCUACAUAAGUGGUCCUCUGUAGCUCAGCUGGUAGAGCACGGCGCUUGUAACGCCAAGGUAGUGGGUUCGAUCCCCGGGACCACCCAUACACAAAAAUGUAUGCACGCAUGACUGUAAGUCGCUUUGGAUAAAAGCGUCUGCUAAAUGGCAUAUUAUUAUUAUUAUUAUAAGAGUACAGGACUGCCAAUAAAUGUUGUGUCAAUAGUAAUUGUGCCAACAAUUAUUGUGUUCUUAAAUAGGCUACACAGCAGAGGGGUAAAGAAGUCUGAGUAUCAAUCACAGGAAGUUAUUAUACCCCAAACAGUCUUCUCUGAUCCUGAAUGGUUUGUGGUGGUGGCGGUGGUGAAUCUUGUGGCAAGUAGUCGAACAGUAAUAAUAAUAAUAGUUGUAGGCUACUGUAGUGUAUGAAGAAUUAUGACUUUGCUAAUGUUUUCAAGUGGAACCUGAGAGGAUGUUUAUUCAGUUUUACAGGGAGCCGUUUUAGAGUGACACCCCAUAGAACAGAGGAAGUCUGUUUGUUGGAGACAGGUGAUUGGAUAGUAUGGGAAACCACCCAUAUUUUGGUAAAGAUUAUAAGUACUGGGUUGGAACAAAGAAGAUCAGAACAGACAUUUUAUUUUGAGACACUGUUUUCCGGAUGCUGCAGACGUCUGUAAACUUAUGCUGAAAUCUUGUGAUAUAAAUAAAACUUAUAAUCAAAGUACAGCAUAAGCGGACUCCUUUGUUUCAGAGCAUAAUUAGCAACACUUUCUCGACACUACACUACAAUAACCAAGGCACAUACUUUUUUCCUGGUUGGGAGAAACUAACUCCUGGCCCUAGUAAUGUGUUGACUGGUGGUCCUGGUUCAGGGUCAGAGAAUCUGGGGAAGUUGACCCACGAGAGCUACACCCUCCUGGGCCAUAGUGUGGCCCACCUGCCUCCCUCUCUUCGCCUACUUCAUAUUCGACUGGAGGAUGCUGCUGGUCGCCUCCUCCAUACCUGGCUUUCUCUACAUCCCUCUGUGGUGGUGAGUGGCACAUAGAUCUAGUGACCCAGGGGAAUCCUACUGGGAACCCAGUGAAGGGUUUAGGUUCCCCAAACAUUUGGCGUUGCACAAUAUUUGCAGCCUGUGCUAGGUGAACUGCAUCUGUUUAGUUAUUUGUUCUUUUACGUAGUGCAGUGCCAAUGUCUUCACCAAAUACACAAAUUCCUGCUACAUAAAUACAUGUAUUAAGGACACUUCCUGCUAUGUAAAUACAUGUAUUAAGGAAACUUACUUCCUGCCCACAGCUGAACGUGGAGGCCAGUGACUUCCUGAAGGACCUGCAAUUAAAGCUCAAAAACGUCAUGGACGACCUUAGUAGGAUCUUCGUUGUCGUGUGUGUGUGUGUGUGUGUGUGGAAUCAUUUAGUUGAAACAUGGUGCUUUCAGGGUUGUAUUCAUUAGGACACGCAACGGAAAACGUUGGUGCCAAAAGGAUACAGCCCAGAGUUGUGGGUUUUGAUGGUUGUCUGUGUGUCUGUCUGGAUAUAUACUGAACAAAAAUAUAAACGCAACAUGCAACAAUUUUUAUGAUUUUACUGAGUUACAGUACAUAUAAGGAAAUCAGUCAAUUGAAAUACAUUCAUUAGGCCCUAAUCUAUGGAUUUCACUUGACUGGGAAUACAGAUAUGCAUCUGUUGGUCACAGAUACCUUAACAAAAAAGGUAGGGGCAUCAGAAAACCAGUCAUUAUCUGGUGUGAGUGACCACCAUUUGCCUCAUGCACCACGAUAAAAUGCAAUUGUGGUAGAAAAAUGAACAUUACAUUCUCUGGCAACAGCUCUGGUGGACAUUCCUGCAGACAGCAUGCCAAUUGCACACUCCCUCAACAUUUGAGACAUCUGUGGCAUUGUGUUGUGUGACAAAACUGCACAUUUUAGAGUGGCCUUUUAUUGUCCCCAGCACAAGGUGCACCUGUGUAAUGACCUUGCUGUUUAAUCAGCUUCUUCAUAUGCCACACCUGUCAGUUGGAUGAAUUAUCUUGGCAAAAGAGAAAUGCUCACUAACAGGAAUGUAAACAAAUUUGUGCACAAACUUUGAGAGAAAUAAGCUUCUUCUGCAUAUGGAGAAUUCCUGGGAUUUUUAUUUCAGCUCGUGAAACAUGGGACCAACAAUUUACAUGUUGCCUUUAUAUUUUUGUUUAGCAACAUGGGUUUUGCUAUUUAUCAUGAUGUAUUGUAGACAGGCAGUGUAUACAUAUUCAGAGUAAAGUUGAAUCCUGUGUCCUCUUUGUGUUUUAGCAAAGGAGUAGUGCUAAAGAGCAGCAGCAGGUGGACACUUUCCUGGACCUUAUCCGCAACGCUAACAUCUCCAUCCUCAACAUCAUCCUCUGGUCCAGACUCAUCCACAGGGUUCAUGGUCCCCACUACCGGGGUAUGAUAGAAAAUACAGAAAUGUUGCUUUUUAACCUCAAAUUUUUGUUAAAAUAUUUUUGUUCAAGUUUUACAAAAUGUACAUCAAUGUAAGCACAAAUAUUUUACCAUAUCCCUCCCUUCCUCCACACAACACAUGAGAAGUAGAGAGGAGCUGAGCAGACUUCCACUGGAGAAGAAUUCUAUGUCGAGCUAAUAAGUCUUGGAAGGACUUAAUACCGUUCCUAGCCCAGUAAGAGAAAGCAUGAUCUAUUAGGGAAGCAGGGAAUAAGUAAUUAUUAUCAAUAGGACCCAUAGUAGAUGCAGAGGAGAAUUUAAAAUGCUGUCGAAACUGGUACCAAAUCUUAAGUGUGUAAAGCAGGGGUGUCAAACUCAUUUUAGCUCAGGGGCCACAUGGAGGAAAAUAUAUUCCCAAGUGGGCCGGACCGGAAAAAUCAUGGUAUAUAUAACUUAAAAACAACAACUUCAGAUUGUUUUCUUUGUUUUAAUACGAUCAACAUACAACAUAAAGCUGGAGCCUGAGGACAGUGUGUCCAAAAUAGUACAAGCACAACAUCACUAUUAAUCAUAAAACACGUCAAGUUUAUUUGAAAAUUCAAAAGAAAAAGAACACACAAACACACAAUGCCUCAGUGAUUAACAGAACUGUUUCACAGAUCACAGAACUAUAUCAGGGUGUCAUUUCUCAGGCAGAAAUGUAGAUAAAAAUAAUGAAAUCCUGUUCCCCAAACAAGUGCAAGAACCACAGAGUCAAGAAUAGGUUAAAUAUACAAAUAAAAUAAAAUCAAUUAAAAACAAUAGCACAUCAACAUAAAAACAUAUAAACAUAAAGCUGGAGCCUGAGGACAGUGUCCAAAAGCACAACAUCACUAUUAAUCAUAAAACACCUCAAGUUAUUUGAAAGUUCUGAGGACAAAGAACACACAAACACACAAUGCCUCAGUGAUUCACAGAAGUAUAUCACAGAUCAUAGAACUAUAUCAGGGUGUCAUUUCUCAGGCAGAAAUGUAGAUAAAAAUAAUGAAAUCCUGUUCCCCAACCAAGUGCAAGAACCACAGAGUCAAGAAUAGGUUAAAUAUACAAAUAAAAUAAAAUCAAUUAAAAACAAUAGCACAUCAACAUAAAAACAUAUAAACAUAAAUCUGAAAGCGUUGCUCAAACUCCCGUAACAGUCCAGUUAUUUUAUCUUUGAACCGCUUCAUGUCUGCCACAUGUUGGGUCGCGCGCACAUUUUUCAGACAGGGGAAGUGAGCUGCAUCACCACCGGCAAGUUGCAUCUCCCACAAUGACAGCUUCAACUUGAAAGAACGUAUGCUGUCAUAAUACUGCGUGACAAAUUUGUUGCGCCCUUGCAGCUGUUUGUUCAAUUUAUUCAGGUGCUCUGUAACAUCCACCAUAAAUGCAAGGUCCGGCAUCCAUUCUGCGGAAUGAAAUUCUAACACUGGUUUGCCCUUUUCUUCCAUGAACUGUUCAAUUUCUUCUCGCAAAUCAAAGAAACGCCUCAGCACAGCACCUCGGCUUAACCAUCUUACCUCAGUGUGGUAUGGCAGGCCAUAGUUGUGGUCUUUCUCUCUGAGAAGGCUGUCAAACUGACGGUGAUUCAGGCUUCUGGAUCGGAUGAAAUUAACAGUUUGGAUGACCACCUUCAUGACGUUAUCCAUCUUUAAUGACUUGCAACACAAAGCCUCCUGGUGCAAAAUACAGUGAAAAGUCAAAAAAUCACGUCCUCCAUUUGCAGAUUGCACUUUCUCUCUGAACUUUGUCACAACGCCUGCUUUUUUCCCGAUCAUUGAGGGCGCACCAUCUGUAGCCAGGCUGACAGCGCGGGACCAGUCCACUCCGACCCUGUCCAGCGCGUCGACGAGUGCGGUAAAAAUAUCAGCUGCUGUCGUUGUAUCUGUCAUCGGCACCAACUCCACGAACUCCUCGGUGACGGUCAAUGUGUCAUCAACUCCGCGGAUGAAAAAAUGGCCAGUUGUGCAACAUCUGUAAUGUCCGUGCUUUCAUCAAUUGCAACCGAAAACGCAAUAAAUGACUUUACUUUUUGCUUCAACUGGCUGUCCAAAUCCACUGAAAGAUCGGAAAUCCUGUCUGCAACUGUGUUUCUUGUCAGGCUGAUAUUUGCAAAAGCCUGCCGCUUUUCAGGGCACACAAUCUCCGCUGCCUUCAUCAUGCAUGUUUUUACAAAUUCACCCUCACUAAAUGGUUUUGAAGCCACUGCGAUUUCAUUAGCAAUGAGGUAGCUAGCUUUCACUGCAGCGUCACUGAUGUCUCGGCUGUGAGUAAACACAGACUGCUGUUUCUUCAGACCCGCCAACAGUUCAUUCACCUUCUCUCAUCUCCGCUGUCCUUGAAAGUUGUCAUAUUUGUCGGCAUGAAGACUCACAUAGUGGCGACGAAGGUUAUAUUCUUUCAGCACUGCAACAUGCUCUGAACACACCAAACAUACAGCUUUCCCAUUCAAUUCCGUGAUUAAAUAGGAUGACCAUUUUUCUUGGAACACUCUGCACUCUGCGUCCACUUUUCUCUUUUUUGACAGAGACAUAUUGGGGCAAUGAGGGUGCCAAAGCACAUAAUGUUAAAAGUAGAAGCCGUAAUAAAUAUUGCGGGCAAAACAAAGUAGCUCAUUGGCUGCACGUGCUUGACCUACUUGCUCUGCCCCGGUAUAAACAGUUUGCUUGCUUAACACAAUUGCUAUUGCGCCAUCCAGUGGACGCAAUUGGAACAGCAGUUUAUUUUAUUGAAAAAUUGCAGCGCAAAAUAUUUUUCAAAAUCAUCUCGCGGGCCGGAUUAAACCCGUUUGCGGGCCUGAUUCGGCCCGCGGGCAGUACGUUUGACACCCCUGGUGUAAAGCACUACAGGAUUGCCAGUAUAGAGAGAGGGGCAUGCUGGGAGAGAAGAGCUGAGUAAAGCAGGAAGAGAUGCAGAAAUACAAGAAUGUGCCUCUAGGUGGCACCAUGGGGUAUCUGGAGCAGGGAACCAGAAUGGCAAUUUCUGAAAGUUGGCUGCCCAGUAAUAGUAUAAAAAGUUGGGUAGUGCAAGCCCGCCACUAACUUUGCAUCUCUGAAGUAAAGAUCUACUGACUCUGGGUACCUUUCCUCCCAAGAUAAAUGUGUUAACAGCCUGAUUGAAUGACUUUAAAAAACACUUUGGUAAAAACAAUGGGAUAGAUUGAAAUAGACAAAGGAAUUUGGGUAAACUGUUCAUUUUUACAGCGUUAAUCCUUCCUAUAAGUGAUAGUGGUAAACUACCCCAUCUCUGAAAAUCAGUUUUCAUUUGCAUAAGGAGGGGAGCAAAGUUUACAUUAAAAAAAGAGCAUGUAAUGAACUAGUUACGUUCACUCCAAGGUAUUUGAAACCAGAGCGGCUAAGCUGAAAAGGCAAGUCUGUCUGCUGGAGCUGUAGUGCUGCUUGAUUGAUUGGGAAGCACUCACUUUUCUGGAGAUUCAGCUUGUAACCGGAGAAGGAGCCAAAGUUCUCCAGAAUAGAAAGGAUAGAAGGUAAACAGGUUACAGGGUUAUUUACAUAGAGUAACAAAUCAUCUGCAUAUAAUGAGAACCUAUGUUCAACUCCUUUCUGUGUUACACCUUGGAAAGUGGAGGAUGCCCGUAAAGCUACUGAAAGGGGCUCAAUGGCAACAGCAAAUAAUAAAGGGAACAGUGGGCAGCCUUGGCGUGUCCCACGUUCCAGGGCAAAAUAAUCUGAACGGGUGUCAUUGGUACAGACACUGGCCUGGGGAGAUGUAUACAAGAGACGGAUCCAUGAGCUAAAUUCGUCCCCAAAUCCAACUUUUUAAGAACAGCAAAUAGGUACUCCCAUUCAUUUCUGUCGAAUGCCUUCUCUGCAUCUAGGGAGAUUACCACCUCAGGGGAGUUGGAGAAUUGUUUAGAAUAAAUCAUGUUAAACAGUGUCCGAAUAUAAAAUAAAUGAAUAUCUGUCCUUUAUGAAGCCGGUUUGUUCCUGUGAUAUGAGUCCUGGUAAGACUACUUCCAGACGCCUCGCUAUCACCUUCGUCAGCACCUUUACAUCCACAUUAAGGAGGCUUAGGGGCCUAAAUGAAGAACAAACCCCACAUGUUUAACCACAAACCCUAACUUUAGCCCUUACCCUAACCUUAGCUAUCACCUGAAAUUGAGAACAUAGCUCAUCUACCUGCUCAUCAGUUCGCCAGUCUGUAUUUUGCAUGGCCAUACCAUGACUCUCCCUCUCUCUCCCAUUCCCCUCUCUCUCCCAUUCCCCCCUCCCUCCCUCCCUCCCUCCCUCAGGGCAGUGACUUCCAUGAUCUUUUACGGUCUUUCCCUCAACACAGCCAACAUGAACGGCGACUCCUACUUCAACUGCUUUAUCUCGGCAGGCAACCAAGAUCGUGGCCUACGUGGGCACCUGGGUUCUGAUUCGCCGAGCCCGGCGGCCCACAAUCCUCUUCUCCUUGCUGCUGUUCUGUGGUGUCAUGCUGGUAGUCAUCAAGCUGGUCCCUGAGGGUCUGUGUUAACCCAAGUGAUCCGUCACUGUCACCAAAGUCAGUGACUGUUCUGUGUUGUGUCUCUCUGUGUGCCCUGCUCCUGUGUCUCCUCAGAUCGGCUCGUCUUGUCUCUGGUGCUGGCGUUGCUGGGCAAGCUGGGCGAGUCUGGGGGCCUACUGCUUCCUCUAUCUCUUCUCCACUGAGCUCUUCCCGACUGUGGUCAGAAACAUGGCCUCCAUGGCUGCAUGCGCCAGCGGCAUCCUCUCCCCCCUACAUCAUCUACAUCGAUGUGUUUGUGUCUGGUAUGCAUGCUACAAUGAAUGUAGUGUGCAUGCAAUGAACCCAGGCCUACGAAUGUUAUGGCCCAUUAUGAUUUAAUAUAAUCAACUUGAACUUUCUGUUUUCAGGAGUUUACCACAAAAUCCUGCCAUACAUUAUCUUUGGGAUAAUUAGUCUCUUUUCUGCUGGUCUGAGUCUUCUGCUUCUGGACACCAGGGAACUCCCUGACAACAGCCAAGUCAAGCCUAUCAGGUGGUAGGUCAUAAAAUAGAUGAGUGCAAUUACAUUGUGCUUUAACAGCUGUCUUGUGAAUGUGACAUUGAACCAUGGUACUAACUUAUUUAUAGUGGUUGUCAUAGUUGUCAGUGGUUAUGUCAUGAACAGUAAAGUCGUGUGCCAUGUGAUUUUGAAAAGAGAAGAGUCACGCACACCCAAGCACAGUACAGUAGCAGGCCAAAAAAUAGUAACUUGGGCGGACAGAAACGUGUACUUAUCAUUGUCAUGUGAUUAUGACCUCCACUCCAAAAGAGAUUAAUAUUAUUCUCACAAAGUAUAAUCCCUUUUUUUCCCUUUUCUUUUAGCUUCUGCUCAUCAAAGGAGUCGACCACUGUCCAAUAUGACCAUAACCUGAAAGACAUCCCAAGAAUGAAGGGAACAGCACAAGCUCACCUGACACUUGAAGAAACAAAUCUAUGA